AUGAAUGCAAGAAGUAAAGAGGCGCUUGAGAAUGUACUUUGGGGUUCUGGAAUUUCAGGCACUGUUGGCGCAACCAGUGGAGCUACUAUAGCUGUCCUAAAGAAUGCCCCUGUCAAACAAUAUGCUAUUUCUACUGGAAUGAGCUGUGGUGUGUUUGCUACUACUUUUUUUUUGGUUAGAGAAACAUUUAUUACCUAUCAACGACAAAAGAAUGCACAGUUUGGACUGAAAGAUUCACAGACAAAAGAUGUAGAUGCAUUGAUUAGCAGUACAAUGGCAGGUGCAACCACAGGUGGUUUAUUAUCUGCAGUCUUUCGUGGACCAAAGACAGCACCUUCUGGUGCAAUCAUGUUUGGAGCGAUCUGCUCAGGUCUUCAGAUGAUAUACACAGCAGGCAAUAACUGGCGACAGGAAAUGAUUAUUAAACAACAAAAUAAUCCAGAAGAGACUCAUAUAUCGACAACAAGAAUACAAUGA